AUGUACAAUAACCGUGUACAUGAACGUAGUAUCAUUGUCCUAUUAGUCCUACUCUUGCUGCUGCAAGCAGUGACAUGGUCCGACGCGACACGAGCUCAUGUAAGAAUCACAAACAUGAUGGAGGGGAUCAAUGCUCGUAUUCGUUGUCUAUCAAAACACGGUGGAGGGGAUGUAGCGGAGCAGGAUGUUCCAUAUCAAGGCUUGUACGAAUUCGGGUUUACGCCUAGUAUACUUGGUAUAACCAAGUAUAAUUGUGAGUUUGUGUUUGAUAACAAAUCACAAUGGUUUCAAAUAUACAAUGAACACAGAGAACAAGGUGUUUGCUGGAGAAUGUGUUGGUGGAUUAUUUAUCAAACUGGUCCUUGCUAUGUUUAUGGGAUUGAUAGUGAUAUUAAUGAAUUAAAUGGUGGUCCUUAUCAGUGUUUUCCUUGGAACAAUUAG